CUCCAGCUUCCAGCUUUCACUUCACUGGAUAAGCUUUGUCUGAUGUUCGUACUAUUUAUAAAAAAGAAAAUUUGCUCGCCCAAAGUUUUCUUUUUACGCUUUUGCCAUCCUUCCCAUUUGCCCCAUCUAUUUAUUGGCACCACCAUCAGAAAGAACUCUGUACGUAUAAAUAUAUAUGCAGAGGAAACAGAGCAGAGUGAGGUCUUUGGAUAUGGCGGUGCUUCCUUAUAAUGCAGUUUUCCUCCUCUUCAUCCUCACCGCCUUACACGCUGUAAACCUAGCAAAUUCCCAGUCAUUCAUUGGCGUUAACUACGGCCAAGUCGCCGACAACCUCCCUCCAACGUCAGCGACUGUGAAACUGCUCCAGUCUACCACCAUACAGAAGGUCCGAUUGUACGGAUCUGACCCGGCUGUCAUCAAAGCAUUGGCGAACACCGGAAUCGGAAUAGUCAUCGGAGCAGCCAACGGCGCCAUUCCUGCACUGGCUUCCGACCUGAACUUCGCCAAGAACUGGGUUAAUACCAACGUAGCCCCGUUCUAUCCGGCGAGCAAGAUCAUCCUCAUCACCGUCGGCAACGAGGUCAUGACCUCCGGUGACCAGAAUCUCAUGAACCAGCUUUUGCCAGCUAUGCAAAAUAUGCAAAACGCCCUCGACUCGGUGUCUCUCGGUGGCAAGAUUAAAGUAUCCACCGUCCAUUCCAUGGCGGUGCUCAAGCAGUCCGAACCUCCGUCUUCUGGAUCAUUCGACCCUAGCUUUGCCGACGUGAUGAAGGGACUGUUGGGGUUCAACAAGAACACCGGUUCACCUUUCGCCAUCAACCCAUACCCUUACUUCGCCUACCGGAGCGACCCGAGACCUGAAACUCUCGCCUUCUGUCUAUUUCAACCGAAUGCAGGGCGGUUCGACUCCAACACCAAGAUCAAUUACAUGAACAUGUUCGACGCUCAAGUGGAUGCUGUGCACUCUGCGUUGAGUUCAAUGGGGUUUAAGGACGUGGAAAUUGUGGUGGCGGAGACCGGGUGGCCUUACAAAGGAGACAGCAAUGAAGUAGGGCCAAGUGUUGAGAACGCCAAGGCUUAUAAUGGGAAUUUGAUUGCGCACCUUCGGUCAAUGGCAGGAACUCCAUUGAUGCCAGGAAAACCAGUUGACACUUACCUGUUUGCUUUAUAUGAUGAGGACCUGAAACCAGGACCUACUUCUGAGCGAGCGUUUGGGCUUUUUAAGCCUGAUCUCACAAUGACAUACGAUGUUGGUCUCAUGACCAAAGGUGGCAGCAGCCAGACCCCGGCUAGUCCCAAAGCACCAACAAAUCCAUCACCUAGUCCGAAAAAUCCUGUAUGGUGCGUGCCAAAGGCAGAUGUAUCAAAUGCCCAAUUGCAGGCAAAUCUGGAUUAUGUUUGCGGGCGAGGCCUUGAUUGCAGUCCAAUUCAACCGGGCGGAGCUUGUUUCGAGCCAAACACGAUAGCAUCACAUGCAGCAUUUGCCAUGAAUCUGCUUUAUCAAACUGCUGGUCGGAAUCCAUGGGACUGCGAUUUCUCUCAGACAGCUACUCUCUCAUCUAACAAUCCCAGCUACGACGGUUGCAGCUAUCCAGCUGGGAGUACUUGAAUAAAAAGCAUCGGGCGGCUCUACUUUAUUCUCAGUUAUUGCCUUUAGCAUCAGAUUCAGCCUUCUGUUUCCUUUUCAUAUUUAUUAUAUAUCUGUAAUUAAUUUAACUAUAUAUAUGUGUAUCUUUUAAAGUACACAUAAUUGUAAGAUUAGCUUAUACAGAUUUGCAUGUGGUUUGCUUUAA